AUGGCGCUGGCGAUCAAGGGCAUCGCGUACGACUACGACGCCAUGGACAUCUUGGCUCGGUCGAACGAGAGGGACGACUACCACAUCGUGAACAUGAGCCUGGUGUACUUGGACGAGACACGACCGACGCCUUCGUUGCUGCUGUUCAACGUCGCGGACCGCGCACUUAAGGUCAGUGACGAUGAUGCUGUGUGGGGAUGUCGGAGAUGUACCCUGCCGCCCCAAGUGCUGUUUUCCCAGCAGUACUGUACGACGUCGACACCACCCUCUUGA